UUAGUAAAUGGAAAGCGAGGCUGAAUAACGGGAGGGAGAUUAUAGACCGAAAACGGAAAAUGUCUCGUAUUUUCGGACCUUUUGCGGUUCCGACGGAAACACGAGUGACCUUGCCGUGUUCUGUUCCCUAAACCGAGCCGCGCGGACCGAACCGCCCCGGUUAGAAUGGCCUGGAUGUGGAAGAAGAAGUCUGUGAUUUUGACCGGCCUGGUGGUGGCCCUGUCUCUCUUCGUGGUGGUGGUGAAUUACUCAGAGAAGCCCUACUUCCUCCUGCAGCCCGUGCUGGGGCAGAGCUUCAGCAGCCGCUGGAUGUUCUCCAGGCAGCCUCACAAGACCUUCCGACCCCACCCCGGCUACAUCAGCAUCCCCAAACAGGAGCCGCUGAAGCUGCACUGUGAUGUGUGCAGCGUGGUGUCCAGUUCGGGGCAGAUGCUGAGCCGGCAGGCGGGGCGUGAGAUCGAGCGCUCGUCCUGCGUGUGGCGGAUGAACAACGCCCCCACCCGCGGCUUCGAGACGGACGUGGGCCGCCGCACCGACCUGCGGGUGGUGUCUCACACCAGCGUCCCGCUGCUGCUCCAGAAGCCCCAGCACUUCUUCGGGGAGGGGAACGAGACGGUGUACGUGGUGUGGGGGCCGCUGCGCAACAUGAGGGAGGACGGCAAGGGCAUCGUCUACAACAUGCUGCGCCAGGCCACCGAAAACUACCCCCACGCCCGCAUCUACGUCACCACGGAGGAGCGCAUGAACUACUGCGACACAGUCUUCAAGAAGGAGACGGGGAAAGACAGGAUCCAGUCUGGGUCGUACCUGAGCACCGGUUGGUUCACGCUUAUCCUGGCGAUGGACAUGUGCAAGGAGAUCCGGGUGUACGGGAUGAUCAACGACACGUACUGCAAAACUGAAGGCUACAGGAAGGUGCCGUACCACUACUACGAAGCCGGGAGCAGAGACGAGUGCGCUGAGUACCUCCUGCACGAGAGCGCCCCCUACGGUGGCCACCGCUUCAUAACGGAGAAGGCUGUUUUCGCCAAGUGGGCCAAGACCCACCCCAUCAAGUUCUUCUACCCAGAGUGGCAGCUGUCGUGACCGGUGGAGGGCGGUGGCUUCUCCUGGUCAUCGGACCCGUACACUCCCUCUGUCUUAAUGAAUGCACAGAAAAAAAAACACGUAGUAACCAAGCAGAUGAUCUGUGAUCUGUAGACGAUGAUCUAUAUGAUAUCUGUUUAUCUGCCCUCUGUUUAAAGAGAGACUCGCUGUAUUUUCUCUGGUGUUGAUUGAAUAACUAAUCACGAUGAGAUUUAUCAUCACGUGUUCUUAGUGACAUUCAUUUCAGGACAAUCGAGUAGCGAAAACAGAAAACAGGAAAAACAGAAAAAACAGAUCGGUAUCUACGAGGGUGCCUAUGCUUCAUAGACCACCAUUGGGAAGUUUCUCGUUCCUAGUCUUUCGUUCUCUGUUAUCUGUGGUUCUAGACAGGAGAUGAUGUCAUCUAACAUUUGUAGAAACCAAGAAAGGACACAGUGUUGAAGAAAACAGAUCUGACAGUGAUGAAGUGUAGUAUGAGCUGCUGAUUACCUUCCAUCAGAUUGAUCACACCUCGAGCAGCAGAUGAAGGUUGGAAGGGGACUUUAUUCAUUUAGCCUAAAUGGGUCUGAACACAGUUUAUCUUGGGAAAGUGGGUUGGAGUCAACCUUGCGCAUGAAUCUAAUCUUAAGCAGCUCAGGAUCCGGAUCCCCUUCAACCUGACUUACAAACUGUUUAAACUGCAGAAACUAUACAAAAGCUUCCCGUUCACACAUGACCUUUUCAUCGGAGUUUGUCUAUCGGUAAUCAAACAGGAAGAAGUUACGCUUGAGGAGCCAAAAUCCUGUUAGAUCAGACUUCCUCACAUUCUGUAUUCUGUACUUGACUCAGAAAUGAAUGAUCAUUUUUGCCUUUCCUUUAAUUUUCCAUGUGAGGAUGUCACAUAAUUGCAUAGUUGCAUUCAGUACAGGCCAAAAGUUCUCUUUUUCAAUGCGAUUUCUUUAUUUUCAUGACUGUUUCAUGAAUUUUUACAUUGUAGAUUCUCUCUGAAGGCAUCAAAACUAUGAAUUAGUUAAUACAUGUGGAGUUUUAUGUACUUAACAAAAAAAAAUAGUUUGUUUUUUGUUAAGUACAUAAAACUCAACAUGUGUUCAUUCAUAGUUUUGAUGCUUCAGUGAGAAUCUACAAUGUAAAUAGUCAUGGAAAUAAAGAAACGCAUUGAAAAAGAGAAAGUGCGUCCAAAAUUUCGGCCUGUACUGUAGUGAGAGGAUAUCUGCAUCCAGGUAAACUUCCAAAAAUAUGGCUCCAUGCAGAAAUGGUGCUUCAAAGCCCCAAAUCCUUUGUUUUGAGCACAAAAUCACAAACAGAAGAAUGAAGAAUGAAGAAUCGCAUGGGUGGCAAACAAUGUCGUAAAAAGAUUGUCAUCCAUAGUCUUAUGCAUUUAUUUUGUAUUCCCCUCACUAGAGCAUGAAUGUUACAAAAAAAAAAACAGUACUGAUUCUGAUCCUGAUCUCUCCAAACCAAGAAACCCAAGAUUAUUCGCCAAACAUGCCAGAUUCCAGAUAGUAUUAGAUAGUAUUAGCAUUAGCAUUGAGAAAAGUGUUACGUUUUUGUGUUACUGUUCUGAUAUUCUGUUAUUCUGUCUACCUAUGAUGUGAAAAAAACAUAGAGAACGACAAGCAAAUGCAGGCGUUUGUUAGUUGACCUCAAGCACUCAAGUCCGUUAAAGAUGUGCUCAAAAUGUGCUCAAGUCUACAGAUGAAGAGUUAAGAAGUCGGGACUCAUUUUCACGUCGUGUCAUGUGCCACAGCUUUUGCAAGCAAGAACCCUACUGUCUAAAGAGUGCAAUAACGUGACUAACGUGAACUGAAGUGUCGCCGCAUGUACUGCAAACGGCAGUGUGCAGGAUAUGGACGUCUACAUGGGAAGCCCUUUUUUUAUUUUGUGCCUGUUUGAACUUGUAGCCAACGUAAUAGACUGUGUGCAAUGCGUUCAACCCCCCUGUCUGCCUUUACCCCGCUUGCUUAGGCCUUAUCUGCCUAAAACGAAGAAAAGACCACUGUGGACUGUGUAAUCUUUUGGCUUCUUUCUGAGCCUGCUAGCUUCUCGUAAGGAGGAAGAGGAGGCGAGCCAGUUGUUUGGCUACCGUAGCUAAAUGUUACUACUGUAGCAGCACGUUAACCAGUUAACCAGCAGACGAUGCAGCGCCUGUGAGGUUUUCACGGAUAGACUUCUACGGAUGGUCUCUGUAGAAGCAUGCUCAGCAUGCUUGUUUUUUUUUUUUUACUUUCUUCUAGUUUUAUAUAGCAUAUUUUUACAUUUUAUUUCUCGAGUCGCGUAUUGUUCGGCUUGUGAUUGUCACGUUCUCCAGCAGCCUUCAUUGCGCUUCUUCUGCUAACAGUAUUUAGCGCCCUUAUUCAGCAUUACUGAACUCUGUCUCAGCCUACGCACUCAGUCGCCACACUGCAGGAAAAAAAAUAGAACUAAAAGGGCAAAGGCACCAUGGGACUAAUGGACCUCGCUAACUGAAGCUUUUUGGACUCAAACCAAACCUGCAAACCUGCUCGCAUCAAGCAACAAGACACAAGACACAUCGGACAGCUCUGAAAUGGAGGACAGCUUCUGUCUCCUGGAGGACACAAAAAGGAGGGACUCUGAUUGUUGCUUUUCUUCUGGCACAAGCUGGAGGUCGCCCUGGGACAUGUAUUCAUAACCAGACUGGAUCCGUUUAGGAUUGAUUUCCGUUGGGUUUAUACUUGCUAAAAAAAAAAAAACUGAGCUAAUCCAGCAACAGUGCUUUUUUCUUUCUCAGCGAAUUCGCCGUCGCACCGAGCUUCAGGUCGCAGUAAGUUUCUCAGGCUCUGUUCAUACCUGGCAUUUACUCCAGUAUCUCGGGUCUCGGGUGAAUAAAAGUGGAUAGAUGGACGUGUAGCUGUUUAACCCCUUAACAGGCUUUAAUGAUAUAUGGGCUAUAAAUGUCUCUGCAGUAAAAUGGGUCAUUUACAUUAUGAAAACGUUGAGGGGUUUGGAAAGUUCUACAGGACACAUCAAAAUUAGACCCCAAUUCACCAUUUGACCCUGUUCUAAAACCACUGUCCACAUGGAAUUCACUCCGUUCACCCAGGCUGUGGGUCAAUGCCAGGCGUGGACAAGACCUGACUGUCCUUCUUUACUGUCCUGCACUAAGCUGAUGCCUUCUCACAGUUCUGUGGCAGCGUUACUUAUUGUAAAUAAGCCAAGAGCGUCAAUCUGUGAAUGUUCACUUACUUCUCUCAGAUGUUUUUUUUUUUUUUUAGACCUUCAGCUCCAUUUGAAAUGUAUUUUUUUUGUUGUUUUCUUUUGUUAAACGUCUCAAGUGCUUUUUUUAACCUUGUAAAAAAGGUGCAUGUUUUAAGUGUGUCGUGUUCAAAUUUCAUCAAGUGUCCUUUCUUCAAAUUCCACUUACAUAUCGAUGUUGCGUUCGUCCGCGCAGUUUUUUAAAGUAAGAUUGAAUCUCUGUCUGUGGACCCUCACAAAACAUAACUGUAAGAAAACGUACCUAUUUCUGCUAACGAGUGCUUUCGUCCCUCUAGUGUUGGUGCAAUUUCGCGAAGGGUCAAGUGUUCAUCAUCCUGCGUCGUGGAGUGUUUUGGAUGUGUUUAUGCAAAUUGCCUCAGAAACCUUUCAGAAAAUGAGUUUCUUUUUGGCUGCUCGUGUGUUUUGACAUUUUGUUUUUUUUUUUAAUAUGAAAAAAUGUGCUCCAGCGCAGACAGAAAGAAACAUUUCAGUUCAUUGACAGACGACUCUACUCGAGCUUGUUCUUCACUCUGGUGCGCUUUAAUGAGCUGUCGUGUAAAAGAAACGCUGAGGUAAAUUAACAUUUCCUCCCCAUCAAUAAUAUCUUUGACUGUAACUCAGCUGGGAAUCUAGUAGAAGCUUAAAAUUAAUAUUGUGACAACUCGCCCUGUAUUAAAACAACCAGGAAUAAUUUCCCUCAUGAAUACGAUGUCAGGAUUAUUAGAACGUUACUACUACCAAUUUAUGUCAGAGACGUGUGAGGUAUUUAUUUGCACUUGUUAAGUGUUGUAUUAACCCUUAGAAGCCUCAAUCAUAACCUGUGACAGAGAAAACAGAAACAGAAAAAAACUGGUGUAAUAAAGAAUCCAACAUACUGCCAUACAGAAUCCAACCUGCUUAAAUAAAUCAAUUAAAACUGUGUUGGUGCCCCAAAUGUUUCUAAUAUUUCAAAAACAAAAGCAUAGUUGUCUUCACUGUAAAGCUACCAAAAUGGCAGCUUUACAGGAGGAGGAAGUUCAUCUAAAAAGAUUUUGAAGCAUUUCUAUUGGUCUAUUCACUAUUCAAUUCUAAUACAAUAAGAAAGAACAUCUGUGUGGCUGAAUGCAAUCAAAUUCUAAAAGUUAAAAGGAGAGCUAGCUAACAUUAGCGGUAAGCUUGCUAACAUUGUCAGUGAGAACACUAAGGGUUAUGGAGAGCUAGCUAACAUUUACUAGGGAGAGAACUAAGGUUAAUGGAGAGCUAGCUAACAUUUACUGGGGGGAGACUUAAGGUUAACGGAGAGCUAGCUUACAUUUACUGGGGAGAACACUAAGGUUAGCGGAGAGGUAGCUAACAUUAGCGUAAGCUUGCUAACAUUACCAGGGAGAACACUAAGGUUAGCGGAGAGCUAGCUAACAUUUACUGGGGAGAGACUUAAGGUUAACGGAGAGCUAGCUUACAUUUACUGGGGAGAACACUAAGGUUAGCGGAGAGCUAGCUAACAUUAGCGUAAGCUUGCUAACAUUACCAGGGAGAACACUAAGGUUAGCGGAGAGCUAGCUAACAUUUACUGGGGAGAACACUAAGGUUAGCGGAGAGCUAGCUAACAUUAGCGUAAGCUUGCUAACAUUACCAGGGAGAACACUAAGGUUAGCGGAGAGCUAGCGAACAUUAGCAUAAGCUUGCUAACAUUACCAGGGAGAACACUAAGGUUAAAGGAGAGCUAGCUAACAUUACAGGGGAGAGAAGUAAUGUUAGCAGAGAGCUAGCUAAUGUUAGAAAUUAUGAAUAUAUUUCUGGGUCUUAUAUUAUAUUUAUUGAGGUCUUAAAAAGCAUUAAAUUUGGCUUUUAAAAUGGUGCAAGAACCCUGAUACAGUCUUUUCAGGAGAAUAGAGGCUGCUAUACCAGUCUUAACUCCAGGGGACAGGAUUAGUGGACUAAACAUGAGGAUUAGUGGGUGUCUACCAGCCCCUGGCUAUUAAAAAUGUAAUGUACUGUACUGUAUUAUAUUAUAUCAUACAGUAUAUCAAACCCAGUACAUCCAGGAGGGACUGAAUGGUUGAAAAAGUAAAGCUAGUAUAGAGUAUAGAGUUCUCCCCCCUCUCACUCCCCAGAGCAGCAUUUGCAUAGCAGUGAUCAAUAGCCUCACGUCUGAAAUUAAGAGACCUCAGCAUGAUCAAGAGUUUCCAUUAGGCACUACUCACCACUUCCUUACUAUAAAGGCAUGAUGGAACCCAAUCACAGCUCCAGGGUGCUCUGCUGGAGGGUCCUGGUGCUCCAGACCUGCAGUAAACGCCGGUUCCGUGCUUUAGAGAAGUUUCUGCUGUAUUAUGGGAAGACGGCUGUGGUGAGCUGUCGUUUUUAGUGAACGCAGUGAGAGGGUGAUCGAUGGAGAAGUGGCAUAUUCAUUUAUGUGUAAAUGAAGCGUGGAGAAGUGGAGGAGCGUUAGCUUUGUCAAAAUGUGUUCAUGCAUUUGUCAGGAAAUACCAACAUCUUCCACUUCUACACUUGCAUUAAAUAAAAAAAAAAUUAAAAAUGGGUGGUCAAUUAAAUAUCGCCAUCAGCCAGCAGAUUUCAGUCCAUUUGCCCUUUUAUUUGUAUAUGAUAUGUGCUAUAUAAUAAUACACUUAUUUGCAUUUAUUUUAAUUUACAGCUAUAAAAAAAACAAGAGACCACUUAAAAAUUAGAUGUGUUUCUUAGAUUUUACCAAAUUGAAAACCUCUGGAAUAUAAUCAAGAGGAAGAUGGAUGAUCACAAGCCAUCAAACCAAGCCAGGAGUAAAGCAGCAUAAAGUUAUCCAAAAGCAGUGUGUAAGACUGGUGGAGGAGAACAUGAGGCCAAGAAAGUGCAAAUAACAAAUCAAACUGUGUUUAAAAAAUAAAAAAAAGUUGCACAAGUUUAAAAUGUUAUAGACAUGCAGCUCUGGAGCUUACGCACACUUUUCCAAAUUACGCACUUGACUUGCAGCGCAGUGUGUGUAGCUGUGUAGUUCUUAAUAAACAUUGUUCUUAAAUAAUAGGUCUAUGCUUCUUCAGUGUUGCAAUGUAAAUUGACAUGAAUUAUCUUUGCUCUUUGAAACAGCCCGAAAAUGUUUUUAAAAAGCGCAGUUUUAAUGCGAGUUAAAGUCGGGUUUAAAUCAGGCUCGGGCUCCUAAUAAGACGUGCAGAGAGUGCACGGGCUCUGGCCGGGUCGAGUCAAGUUUUUUGGGCCUUAUCUAAGCUCUACUUUGAAUUCCCUUCAAGAAAAAGAAGCACCUUAAGCUUCUAUAAAGUUUCCCCCACAGUUUUAAAUGGACAAACCCAAAAAAGCUGAUUUUUUUCAGGUAUUUAAGACGUUUUCACUGGUUAAAAACGCGUUUACUGCAUUUUUUUUUUUUUAUGGUUGACGUCAUUGAAAACAGCGUCUGCAGUUUCCACCCGAAGCGCUCGCUUAUGUGAAGUGUGUGGAUGCACUCGGCCGAACAGAUGGCGCUACCAUAUGCACCGCGCCACCACCUAUGCCUCAGCGCUGAACUCCAUCACAUUAUCACAGCACUGCUUUUCUGGGCCAAUCUAAACGACAUAAACACACACUUUCCCUCAAAACACCGUCAGGGGACUUCUGUCUAUAUUACCCUUUCAGCUCAGGGUAAUUAAACUGGGAAACUUUCUCCAACAGUUGACAUUUCUGACAGCCUGUGCACUCAGCGGCCACUUUAUUGGAAACCCUUGCCUUCUGCACUGUUGGUAAAUGCAUUAGAGACUGUGGCACUUGUGAAUAGGGUUGAUGGGGUACAGGGAAAAAAAAACAAAAAAAAAAACAUAGUACACAGCAGCAGAUGGGCUACAGUCAGUAAUGAGACGCUCAAUGAGACCGAUAAAGUGGGCGGAGCUGAAGUGGACGCUGAGUGGAACUGAAGGACGGUGAGUCACUUGUUUGCCAAACAGGUAAAUGCAGGAUACUGAAGUCCUGCAGUUUCUCUGGUUAUUAACUUUAGCUGGUUAUCCUCUGUGCUGUUCAGUAACACCAUGUUUGUCCUCUGUAUUUAACUGUGUGCUGCUUGUGUUGUCAUUUACACGAUGAAGGAAAUCUUCAUGUUCUGUUCAUCACGUUCAAUUUUGUACACUGUGUUGCUGUUUCUAUUAAAUGAAGGAUGAAAACUGAA